AUAAAGUGUGGUUGAUAUCCAUAGUGAUAAGUUCGAAUUGUAUUUGUGCGGUUUAUCACUUACAUUACUAUUCGGUUUGAGUGUUAACAUCCUGUAGCAGAAGAAGUUACCACAUCCUUAGCAGCUUCGUUUAGCAGACUGGAUUUUUUUCCUGAAAUGGAGGUCGCCAUAGCGAGGAGCCGAGCGGUCGAGUAGAGGCAGUCGGAAUGGAGUGGCCGAGAUGAACAGGUACAUCACCCUCCACCAGCUCGGCGACGGGACCUACGGGUCGGUACACCUCGCUCAGAGGGUGGACACCGGCGAGAAGGUGGCCAUCAAGAGGAUGAAGAGGAAAUACUACUCAUGGGACGAGGCUAUGAACUUGAGGGAGGUGAAGUCGCUGAAGAAAUUGAACCACGCCAACGUAGUCAAACUAAGAGAAGUAAUCAGGGAAAAUGAUACGCUUUAUUUUGUGUUCGAAUAUAUGAAAGAAAACCUAUAUCAACUCAUGAAAGACAGAGAGAAACUUUUCCCGGAGUCGGUGGUGAGGAACAUGCUGUACCAAGUGCUGCAGGGCCUGGCCUUCAUGCACCGCCACGGGUUCUUCCACCGGGACAUGAAGCCGGAGAACCUCCUCUGCAGCGGCCCGGAGCUGGUCAAGAUCGCCGACUUCGGCUUGGCCAGGGAGGUCAGGUCGAGGCCGCCCUACACGGACUACGUGUCUACCAGAUGGUACAGAGCUCCUGAGGUCCUCCUUCAUUCCACAACAUAUUCCUGUCCUAUCGACAUCUGGGCUGUCGGUUGUAUUAUGGCUGAGCUGUACACUUUCCGCCCACUUUUUCCUGGUAAUUCAGAGAUUGACCAAAUUUUCAAAAUAUGUUCAGUCCUCGGUACACCAGAUAAGAGAGAAUGGUAUGAAGGUCAUCAGCUUGCUGCCAACAUGAAUUUUAAGUUUCCUCAGUUUAAAAGAACACCUCUUUCAACGCUAAUCACAAACGCGUCACAAGAGGGGAUAACGCUCAUGGAAGCUAUGCUUCAUUGGAACCCAUCAAAAAGACCAACAGCUCAACAUUGCCUAAGACAGCCCUACUUCCAAGUUGGUCAAAGGUUGAGCGGGGUUAUUCUAGAUGAUAGAUUGUCAUCCUUGGAAAGGUUAUCUUCUAGAAAUCAUUUCCAUCAAAACCUUUCGGCAAGACCUGUAGCAUAUGUUCCGCCACAAGCAGCUCUUGGUGAGAGAGAUUUCAGCGAGCUUCUGGGGCCAAAAAUUGUAUCUGAUUUGAAAGAAAAUCAUGGAUGGUUUGAAGAAAAUCAAAAAAAGAGAGUCAGUGCAAAGCAGCAUUACUUAGCAACCUCUCGGUACAUUGUUGGACAAUCAACCAACUUAGUUAAUAGUGAGCAGAAUCAAAAAAAGCCUCUUUCGACUAGACAAGAUUUUUAUCCUAGUACUAAACUUUACGCAUCGGCUAAUAGCUUGAAUACGUCAGGCAGGUCAUCAAGACUGCAUGGUCGGACUGAUUGGGCUGCCAAAUACCUCAAAUGAUGCGAACCACACAAAAUAAUCAGAGGGAUUUGUGUAUAUACAGUAUUGGUUGAGGAGGAAGUGUUUUUAAUGAUUUUUAAUUCUAAUAUCUUUUUGUAACUAAAAAAAAAUCUACCUGUGAUAAAUAUUAGUAAUUUUUUUGUGUAAAAGUGCGACUGUAUUACAAAUGAGAGUAUUUUGAAACUUCAGAUAAAAAAUAUCAAAGUUUAACGUAAUUUGUAAGAUAAAGCUGUAUCAUACUGAAGAAUAUUUCUUUAAUAAAGCUGAAUUUUUCCAUCUAAUAA